GGCUGCAGUGGAGGGGCGGGACCGGUGGCCUAGCGACGGAGACAUGGAAGCGAUGUUCCAGAUGAGCAUAACUGAAGGGAGAAUGUUGGAUUCAAUGAAUCAUGGAAUCAAAUCAUACAAUAAAUCAUAUGAACCACAGAGAUUAAAGUUGUUAUGAAUUAUGCCUUGUAUGAGAAUCAUCUAGAUCCUGAUGAAGGUAAUUAAACAUUCUGAGGAGGCAUUGAAAGCAGCCCUGAUCUCCAAGGACAGACAGCUUUUGAAGCUUUAUGAGAAGUUUGAUCCUAAGGAGAAGCUUCUGCUAAAUGAAGCAUUUCAACCAGACAGUGUUCUUUUUAAGCCUAUAACUCUGCAUUCUGAAUCAGACUGGAUCUCUUCACAUCCAGAACCCAUCCAGGAUUUUUCACAGUUUUAUCAUGACCCUUGCAGAAAUUUGCCAACCCCACAGAAGAGUCAGAUUUACAUCCAGCCUAUUGGUUCUUUUGGAGAUUCCAAAGUUAGCACGGAUGUCUACUUGAAAUGGCUGAGAGAUUACUGUGAAGCAUUUUACUAUGGCCUGACUGUAAGAAUCCUAGACCCGAUGCCAGUUUCACAUACAGGUUGUGAUUUUCGAAUCAAUGAAUACACACACAAUCUGCAAAUUCAUGCAGGGCACCUCUUGAAUUACUUAAAGAAGAAAAAGCCAAAAGAUGCUUUUUGCAUUGUGGGAAUAACAAUGAUAGAUCUUUACCCGAAGGACUCUUGGAAUUUUGUCUUUGGGCAAGCCUCCUUGACGGAAGGGGUGGGGAUCUUCAGCUUUGCCAGAUAUGACAGUGAUUUUUACAGUGCCAACUACAGAGGCAGAAUAAAGACAACAAAAAAGCUUUCUGCAGCUGACUGUUCUGUGUGUGAUGGUUACUAUACUCCUGAGAUCACAAGUAAACUGCUUCUGAGAUCCUGCAAAACUUUGACUCAUGAGAUUGGGCACAUCUUUGGGAUCCAUCACUGUCAGUGGUUACAAUGUGUUAUGCAGGGAUCUAAUCAUCUGGAGGAAUCAGACCGACGCCCAUUAGACCUUUGUCCUGUUUGCUUGCGCAAGCUGCAAUCUGUACUUGGGUUCAGCAUUGUAGAAAGGUACAAGGCACUGCAGAGGUGGAUAGAGGAUGAAGCUCAUGGAACAGAAGAAGGACGCAGCAGUGAGGCCAGAGGAGGACUGCUAAAGCCAGUGGAAGCAUUUGCAGAAAGUUAUGAGUUGCUUGUCAAAUGCUUAGAUGUCCUCCAGAAAUAGGUUUGAUAUGCAGGUUCAAAGGGAAUGCUCUUACUAUAAUAGUAUAAUCACUGCUAAAGUAUGGUGAUGAAUUAAAUAUAUUUUAAGUUAAAAGCUAAUUGUAAAUAUUUAACUUGUUGGUUUUGUAUGUUUUCUUUUGUCUCUAUUAAGUCACUCUUUCUUCUGGAAUGUCUAACACAGUCUAAUAACACAUUCUUUAUUUCUUAUGUUGAAACAUUUAAGCUACGUCAUAGCUCAUGGAACCGCUGUCAAACAUCUGAAUUUGUUGUUUUGCUGAGAUAUUGAUUGACAACUUGAGCACUUUUUCUGUCUGCAAUAUAUUUACUUACAUGACUUUGGAACAAGCUUCAACAAUUUUAAGGAGCAUUUUCUCUGCCUGUUCAGCCAAUGGUCAUGUUUGUAUUCCAUAGCAAACUACAAAUCUUGCUUAUUUGCAUGGAACAAGAAGUGGAGUGGAAGCAAAUGGGUUGUGUGUAUCAAUAAGCCCUUCAUGCACAUAAUAGUCCAAAAUAGGUGCAGGCAAAUUUUGGGAGGCAUGAAACUGGAUGGUAGAUCAGAGUCUCCAGUACUUGUACUCAUGUAUGGUCCUGCAGUCAGUUGAUCUCUCUCUCUCUCUCUCUCUCUCUCUCACACACACACACACUUCCCAGCUCAGGUAGUCU